AGAUGGGACCAACGUGUCAGGAAAACGGACACGUCCAAAAACUCUUGACAAGCCUUCUUCAAGAGGCGCAUUAAUGGAAGUAAAUGGAAAGACAAACUUUUCUUUUUAGAUAAAGGACCGAUUUAACCAUAAAUUUGAGGAGACGUGGAGCUGAAGUUGACGAAUACCAAUAUUUGGUUGAGAUACAGCAGAAGAACUAACAAUCUCUUGACCUAUCAUAACUGAGGAACCUUUCAAGAACUUUUGAAUCCACUGAAACUCAAAGGAAAAGUGACUUAAAGACUUGAAAAUCCAACAAGAGACACAAGAAGGAACAAGCAAACCAACUACACAACUGUUCUUGCCAAUGGAAGCAUCUACAACAUCAUCUAUAGUGAGAUAAAGUCUGAAGGAUGAGUUGAGCGUAACCAACCACUCUUGAAACCUCAACAGAAGAACAAAAUUCAGACAGGGCUCAACGAAAAAAGUUCUCCUCUUUAUCGACAACUCGCUUUUCUUUUUGUGUGCAUUGCAACAGCCGCCAUGUUUAACAGUGCAGAGCCGGUGUCUUUCAUGAAGUUAGUCAUAAUAAUACUGAUGAUCCCAGUGAUGGGAUUCGAGGCGGCACCAACUGAGAGAGGUAAGAAAGAUUUUGAAUCAGCAGUAGAGCCGAUUGUACAGAUGAUCUUUGCGAGGAUCAGAAGUAUGAUUCUUCAAGACUUCUAAAUUAAGAUUGAGUUCAUGGCACAUUAACCGUACGAUUUGCAGGACAAACACUUGGCCAUUGCUGUUGAACACAGUCAUUGUCUAACUUUGGAAAAUGAUACUUUACUGUCUGAUCUUACUGAGCUCCAGCAGUCCACCAUGACAUUCCUCUCAUUCUCUACCAAACCCUUGAAGUGUGUUUCGAGGUGUCAUUAUCCCUCAACACAAAUACACCGAGCUGCUAAGACGUCAUCAGGCUAACACAUAACUUCUAAGUGUUAUGUCACAGCUGACACGACUCCUAGCAACUCCUUUGACGGCCAAUGAAGCAGUGGAAUCCAACUGAAACAACUUAUGUGUGUUCAGGACUUUUUAGGGUAAUGUGUACAGAGACAUAAGGAAGCACCCGUUUUUUUAUCCACAGCUUAUUCCCCAAGGACGGGUGAUAUUUAAUUUUUUAUAUAUAAUGGUUUCACAUGAUGUAAUGAAGGGUUAGGUUACAGUGUUUGAUUUGCUGGUCUUCUGGUCCCUUCUGAGCCCCAAAAGACCAUCUUGAAAACGCAGUCAGAUUGUUCCUCAAAUGGCUAAUUAACUGCUAUAACUUUGUUUCUGCAGGCUUCAUAAAACCACCACAUCCUCCUUCCAGUCUCACCCAUGCAUCAGGUGUACCGGAGAAGUCUCCAGGACUGAAACCGAGCCAGUUCUUGAAACACUGGCUCCUAAGCACCAAAGCAGCUGGGGUAGACCAGAUAACAAAGAACACAGACAGGACCACAGCAGGGACCAUCACUGAGGGCAUCAGGGUAGGACGUUUGCGGACCAACCCCGGGAUAACCAGUCCAGAUAAACGAGCGCAGAUGCUGAAGAUGAUCUCAGCGUUGGAGGAGCUGCACAGGACGUUUAACAGCACCCUGAGCUCACGGAUCACCAUCAUGCCACGAGGUAAUGAGACAGAAUUGUUGAGUAUAUAGAUAAUCCAGGACAGAGCUCAUCGCUGUAGAUGCAAGGCCUCAAAGAUUAGAUCAGAGAAAGUCAAUGCAACUCGUCUAAAGGUCCUUUUUUAAAGAAGCCUGUUUUAUUUCUCAUUUCAGCAAAUGGCAGGAAUGGAAGAAAAAACCGAUUGGUAAGUCUUGUAGAUCACUCUUACUCUUUUAGUUGUGAUUCUGUACUUUGAUCUUAUUCUUACCUUCUCUGUGUCUUUAUGGUGAUGUGAUUUAAUUUUCUGUCCUCUGUGGGUCAAGCUUCCUGGUGUUGAGGGAGGGUUAAAGCAAACCACUGCACCCCCGACCGCCCUUAACAGCACCGCCUCCAAAACGAGCGCGGACGUCAUUGUGCCCAGUCUGACUGGACGGAACUUCAGGAAGUCCCUCCCACCGCAGAGCAGGAAGACCAACAAACGAGGUGAAGGUCAAGAGCCUGAACUUUGACUUACCUUAUUGUCUUCACAGCUGAUGUGAUAAACGGGUCUGUAAAGACGGGGUUCCCAAACUUUUGAGCUCAGGAUAUUUGAGAUAAUGGUGCCAAAGUUUUCCUUGCUUAUCAUCUUCUCUACAUGGUCUAUCUAUGUUCCUGUCCCCUCCAAAAUAAAAGCCCAAUAGAUAACUUAAAAGUAUUAUUACUGUUUUGUAAUCAAGAAAUUCUUCCUCUCUGGUUUUGUUCACAGUGUGUUUCUGGAAGUACUGUUCCCAGAACUGAUCGUCCUUCAGCUGCUGGUCUCCUACCCUUCCCUCCCACCUUCUCUUCCUCCCCAUCCAUCCAUCAUCCAUUCAUCUAUUCAUUCAUUCAUCUGUCCAUCUGUGGUAAGAUAUUUACAUCUUUAUAAGGCAUGUUCUGAUUCAUAAACAAAGUUAGGUAGAAAACUCUGUAUGGAAAUUACAAUUAGAUUUUCCAGUUAACAUAUUUGGCCGCAGCAGGAAUUGCACAUAUUUUAAAGGUUGGUUGCACAAUCAAGGGUUGAAAUGUUAAAACGAUAUGUUUCUGGUCAAAAAUGUCAGAACACAUCACUUAAGUUGCCGUAAAACUUUCCACCAUCAAUCCGUCCAUCAUCCAUCUCCCUCUAUCCAUCUCCCGUCCCCUCCUCUGCCUCUUCUCUGACCCCUGAGCGCUAGGAGACUCGUAACCGUGGCAUCCGGAAGCCCCGCACCUCCCUCCCCGGCUCCGGCGCCAGCCUCGACUCAGACCUUUUCAUUCACUCAUUAAUUAACAAGACUGACCAAUCAAAGGAGACGAUGUGUGCUCGUGGCCGGGCGCAUGAACAAAUACCUUUUUUAACCCUUUCUCUACCUUAGGAGACAAACACGCGUCGCUUUUGUGUGUGUGUGCGAUAUCUUAAAAAUAAAGUUGAUCUCGAGCAUGGCAAAAACCCACUGUGACAAUAAAGAUUGAUAUUUUAUUUUUUUACAGAUACACUCUCUUUAGUUGUUCAUUUUACAGGUAAACUAACACUUGGUUGAUAUUUUAAUCUAAUUAGAAUAUAACAGAUGCUUUUGGCUACUUGUAUAGAUACUGGACAGUAUCGGCGCACCAGAAUGUGUGUGUGUUCCUCUAAGACUCACCUUUCUCAAAAGCAAAAAAUAGAUGCCCCAAAAAAGCCUUUUUCAAAAAAGACUUUGCAGAUGCCAAACUAUAUUUUGCAGCAUGAAUCUUUUAUCAAAAUCAAAACACUGAAGAAUCUUUGUCAGCUCACCUCCUUAACUGUCUUUGCAUGGUGUUACGCUCUCCGCUGCUCCAAUAAUACAGACUUUACCCAGUGUUAUUAGCUCACAUUGGCACAUUAUGAACACAGGGACAUUCCUCCUCUGGGUGUCUCUAUGGUAACAGAGCUGUGUGUGUUUGCAGUCGGGGUGUGCAAACUGUGGGUCAUUACAUUCAGAGGGUUUCCACAGAGGUCACCAUCACUGUCUCCUCGGUGAUGAGUGUGUGUGUCUGUACAUUCUUAAGAGAUAUACGUGUGCUUAAUAUGCAAUUAAAUCAUGUAUAAGUCUAUUAUAUUCAUUAAACAUCACAUCACACAUCUUAAAUAACAUACAGUUAAGUAGUCUUUAAGUAUUUCACAGUGUAUCUUGGAAGUGAUGUACAACCACAAGUUUCUAACUCAGCACAAAUCUGUGAAUAUGUCAGGAACAGCAAGUAGAAAUACGUAAAUUGUUUUGUUGUCCUUUUGCAAGUGAGGUAGUUAUGUGUUCGUGUACGCAGAAAUCUCAAUUUUGGAAGCUAUGAACAUGGGAAUGAAAGUCAAGUGAUACCGACAGAAAUAGUGACAUGAACUCGUG